CCCGCCCAAACAACCAAGCGAGAGCUUACCAGAGAGUGCGAGCAACGUGCCAACGACGACAAGCUUUCCGAGUGUGCGACGGGACCAGUUGUGCUCUAAACCGAAGGUGGAGACAAAAUCGCUCACAGCUCUCUCCGUGCGGUGGGCUAUCAGUCUUCAGCAAGCCCGGACAAAAAGGAGGUAAAUCGACGCGCGAGGCCGUGGGAGCAGAGGGAGCACACGAGCACGCGAGAGAGCUAUUGCCUCAGCGCUGCUUUGGGAGCAAGGUUGUCACCAUGAUCGGAAUUGCAUCUAUGCGUCCCUCUGCCGCUGCGCUCAAGAAGGAUGUCGGCGGAGUGGAGAGGCAUAAGGCUAUCUCCAUGUACAACGAGCCACCGUUCGAGGAGAUCACGCUGGACGAGUUUGAGCUGUUCGCGCUCGACAGGUUGCAGGUCCUGCGAAAGAUCGAAGACUUGAAGGCACGAAACGUCCGGGGAGAAGACUACAGAAGGGCCCUCAGAGAGUCGCUCCACAAGUACAUGAAGCUGAGCACGUUGAACGAGGAGAGCGCUAGCGCCGACAAGCGUAAGGACACCAUCUCGCACUUCAUCCUCCGCCUGGCCUACUGCCGCAGCGAGGACUUACGGCGGUGGUUCUUGACCCAGGAAACCGCCCUGUUCAGGCACCGUCUCGAGGAGCUCUCCCCCGCCGAGAUGAGCAAGUUCAUCCCCGAACACGGCCUGUUCUUCGAGGUGGUGACGCCAGAGAGGAAAGCCGCGCUCAGGUCCAAGCUGCUCUCAAUACCGGCGGCGCCGGUGAUGGAGUUCGACCGCACGACGUACUACAGGAUACCCUUCUGGCAGGCGUCAGAUCUCAUCGGCAAGCGGCAGGUGUACCUCGAGGGCGGCUUCGCGUACGUCCCGGUGCAGAGGGUGGUGACCAUCGUGGUGUCGAGGUACCGCAUGGGCAUCUCCAAGUCCCUCAUGGAGGCGUCCAACCACUUCGCCUACGUCACCUCCGACUCCCGCUUCGGCCCUCUCCUGCAGAACAUGAGCAAGCAGUACCUGGGCCGUGACUUCGGGAACGCCGACGGCACGGACUCGGACCACAUCAAGCCCGGGAUGCUGGACUCUCUCGCGGAGAGAUCGAUGCCACUGUGCAUGAAGCAGCUGCACUCGGCGUUGAAUCGCGAGCACAAGCUCAAGCACUGGGGGCGGCUGCAGUACGGGCUCUUCCUGAAGGGCGCCGGGCUCAACGUCGACGACGCCAUGGCCUUCUGGCAGGCGAUGUUCACCAAGAUCAUGGGCCUGGACCAGUUCCAGAAGCAGUACGCGUACAACGUCCGGCACAUGUACGGGAAGGAAGGAAAGCGGACAAACUACACCCCCUACAGCUGCCUGAAGAUCAUCAUGGGCAACCCACCCGCCGCUGGAGACCAUCACGGGUGCCCGUACCGCCACUAUGACGAGGACCACCUGUCCAGCCUUCUCUCGCAGGUACGCAUCGGGGCCACGGACAAGGACGCCAUCCUCCGCCAGGUGAAGUCCAAGAACUACCAGCUGGCGUGCCAGCGGCACUUCGAGGCCACGCACAAGGGCUACGAGGCGAGCGGCGUGAGCACGGACGGGGUCGGGAACCACCCGAACGCCUGGAUGCACGCCUCCAUGGAGUUCCACAAGAAGGUGAUGACAGCGGCCAGCGCUAGCGGCGCCCAAAGCAGCCCUGCGGGCAAGGCCAUCGGGCGAGGGCCGGGGGAAGGCAGAGCGCCGUCGCCGGCCGCCGUCGUGCCCGCCACGCCGUCACCGUCGCCGUCGCCGGCAGGGACGGGGAAGGGGGGAGCGGCGACAAGAGUACCGGCAAGCUAAGGCUCCAAGCGUUCACAUUCUCCGCCAUGAUCAGUCGUUCUGCAUCUACCAUCUGCGGUUGGUUUGCCUGCAUCUCUGUGGGGUUGGUUCAAGAUGCUAAACUGAUGAUACACACACACACACACGAGGCUGAUUUUUUUUAGCGGCCGGUGAAGGAGUUGCCCUACAGCGGGGAGUGGUGGUGUUUUUUUUUUUAUGACGUUAGCGUGGGUAUCGACCAUCGCGAAUUCCCGGCACUAGAAUGAACACGGGCAUACUUCAAUGGACGCUGCUUUAAUUGCGCUUCCUUUUUUGCUUUUGUCAAUGUCUGGGUGUGCCGGCCGGGUGUUCCACUCUAUAAAAGGCCGUUGUAAUAUUUUCGUUUGACGCCGCGGCGGUCGGUCGCCGCCCCCGCGCGUAGCGCAGGAAUAGCAGUACCCCGCCGCCUAGAGCCGAAACGCAAAACUUCAGCUGCGAAACCGCUGUCAAGGUGUUGAUGUGUACUAAUUCUGCGUCCAUCCGAGCCUGCCUGAGCCUUGUCGUCGCCUUUUGCUCCAACCCCCCGGGUUGAGAUAGGUCAACGUGCCGCCGGAGACAGCUCCAAACGGCAACGGGUAGGCAUUUGGGAGCGACGUCGUUGUUUCUCGUGCUUGUACAACGUAACAUGGUUGUGGCCGUCGGUACUAAUUGCUUUUGUUUUUGAUCCGAUGCCUGGAGUGUGGGAGCGACCUCGCUCGUUGUUUCUUGUGCAAAAUACGAUUUGAUUACAUGGUCGUCGUUUACUCUAUAGAUCUGGAUUGAACGAACGACACAUAACCCUGCUUGAAUAUUUUUGUCCAGAAGCAACAACGGUGUUCGGGUGAAGGGCAGAAGCGGGUACGUUAAUUGGCCG